AUGGUUGACGCACGUUGCGCCCUGAUGCUGAAACUGUGCUCAGCCUCUUGGGCACACCACUUCGUCUCGCCAACCCCCCACCCCCUCCCACACACUUGCAAACCCAUCCUAGUUCCUGUUUUAGAUUUGUCUUUUGAUUCCAUCGCAAACAUCGGGUACUUGUGUCCUCAGCUCCGUGCCCCCCCCCCACACAAUUGCGGGAGUAAGCUGGGAUCGCAAUUGUGGCCGCAGCUGGGGCAAGGAGCAGAGAGGAGGUUCUCGUGUUGCAAGGGCCGUGGCGUGUUGGCAUGUGGUGCCGGGUGCCUAAAGGGGUUGGCAUAUCACUUGGUGGGAUGCCCAGCGGGGCCACACAUUGUCACCAUUACUGGUGGGUUGUCCUGGCGCCGGGGGCUUGAAUGUGUUGAAGGUGGUGCCGUUUUUAAUGGUCCCUAUUAA